AGCCGGUCGAUACGUGUGAAGAACCAACAAAACCGUUACUGUUGUGUCGUAUAUGUAUCGUGAUACGCGCGGGUACAUAGUGUUUUCGGCUGCCCGUCAAAUAGCAAACAAAACCCGCCGGGCAUCAUUAACUCUCGAGCAUUUUUCUGCCGAUAUAUCCCCGCACAUCCGUCUCCGUAUACCUACCUCGCUAAUCACCACCGACGAAACACUGGGGCUUAUUAAUGCCUUUCACUGAACCAAGACACGCGCAUAUUCGGAUGGUUCGUUGAAUAUCAUUUCCGACUCUCGCACCCGACAAGAUUACUCAUACAUACAGAAAAUGGACGAUGGUGAAUUGAUUAUACAAUAACCUUCCCAUGUGGCAAAUGUGCUGACUGUCAUCAUCUGGCUGCUGUCCCGUAAUGUGAUAAUACACAAAUGACGAUCCAAUGGACAGGUGUACAUUGGGGAUUUUUGUUGUUGUCAUCGGUGCUGCAGUGUGGCCGACCGCAGUGUGGUGUUACGUGGGAGUGGAUGUGACACAUUUUGUUGAUAUCUUCCGCGAUGAUUUCACCGCCGAUGGACCACCGGAUCCCGCCAAAUGGAAUGUCGGGCCGCCCAAUAAGAAAAACGCCUUUCCGGGCGAACUGCAGACAUAUCGCCGGGAAAAUGUGGUGGUCGAAAAUGGAUAUUUGCAUAUCUUUACCAGAAAGGAGGAGUUUAAUGAUUACAACUACACUUCCGGUCGCGUAGACACUCAGGGUCUUUUUGAUUUCCAGUUUGGUGAGAUCGAAUGGCGCGCCAAAGUGCCCAGUCCACGCGGCAUCAACCCGGCCAUCUGGCUACUUCACUACCAAUGCUAUCCCGGAGCGCCGUGUAAAAAAUGGCAGACCAAUGUCAAGGUGUCCCGCGGUGAUAGUGGCAAUCAGACCAUCCAGACCGUCACCAACUGGAAGUAUCCCCAGAGUAAACUGCCGCGCUACAACGCCGAAUCCCGCAACAGCACGGCCAGUCUGCCCACGGAUCUCUCCCUGGACUUCCACAUCUACAAGAUUAUAUGGACGUCGGAGGAGCUGAUCUGGGUGAUUGAUGAUGUGGCGAUAUUUAAUGUCACCGGCCAGGAUGUGCCCAGUACACGCAUGCAGAUCGUCAUGAGUGUGACAGUAGGCGGCCCAAUGGGCCCAUUUCCGGCAGCGGAUACGAAAUUCCCCACCGAAUUUCUUAUCGACUACGUGGUGGUCCGGCAGCCGGCCAAUAUCACCGGUCCACCCCGUCCACCGCCCGCCUCUUCAUUUAUCAUGCCACUAUUGGUCGGGCUCUUUGGGGGCAUUUUAAUGGUCUUCAUCGGGUUGGCCGGUGCGUACUUCUACUGGAGACGACGGCGGGCACGCAAGAAAGCUAAACAUCCGGUUUCACUGCAACAUGCCACUUCCUUGACCGCGCUAUCCAAUGUAUACCGGCGCAGUUCGGCAUAUGUCAACGCGGUUAUCCAACAGGAUCCGACAUUUGAGGACUAUCUCAAACUUUUGGACAUCGAUCCAACAAGUUUGACAAGCACGGGACAAUUGCUGGGCAAAGGUCAAUAUGGGUUCGUUUACAAAGGCGUGAUAAAAAAUCUUCCCACAUCACCUGAUACGGAGACUCUAGUGGCUAUCAAAAGCCUGAUCGAGUAUGACGAUGCAGAACAACAAAAGCAAUUUAUCGAAGAGAUGCGGAUUAUGAAGAAAGUUGGCCGGCAUCUGAAUAUUGUUAACCUUAUUGGCUUAUGCCGAAGCGACAAAAUACUCCUAAUAUUUGAAUACUGCCCCCAUGGAUCAUUGCUCAAAUUCCUGCGAUCUCGUCGGCGGACAUUCACCGAUCAGGUGGAUGCCGAGGGCUAUUUGAUAGCGAAAGGCAGCAGUAUUCCCGAUGAACAGGCACCGGAAACGCCGACUGGUUAUGUGCGUGUCGUAUCCGGUUCGGACUAUAUGAGCACGACCAGUAGUGUUACCGGCAGUUGCCCUGAAGACGCCCUGACCACCUGUGAUCUGAUUAACUUUGCAUACCAGAUUAGUAAUGGUCUGGAAUAUUUGGCGCUACAGUCCAUUAUACAUCGAGAUAUCGCUGCGCGGAAUAUCCUGGUAGCGGAUAAUUAUGUUGUGAAAAUUGCCGAUUUUGGUAUGGCCAGACGGCGACUGCUGACGGAUUACAGCAUGAGCAGUGAUCAGGUGGCCUUACCCAUCAAAUGGAUGGCCCCCGAAUCGAUUCUCCAUCGUACUUUUUCCUACAAAAGCGAUGUGUGGUCGUUUGGUGUACUGCUGUGGGAGAUUUUCAGUUUGGGCGAUGUACCAUAUUCAUCCACUUCCGGUGGCUCACAAUUUAAUGGCAACAUUGCGCAGUUCGUUAAUUCACUUACAAACGGCGCACGAAUGCACAGGCCACCGUAUUCGCCACUACCGAUAUACGAAAUUAUUGGCAAAUGCUGGGAAUUGCAAAUAGAAAAUCGCCCAUCAAUCGACAUAAUCCGCCAGGAUUUAGCUCAGUUAAUUUCGCCGGCAUCGUCAGAAUUCUAUUUGAAACUGGAAGAACCGUAUAUUAACUAUAACAGCACAUUCCGGAAAAUUUUAAACACCGGCGGAACUCAUGCUCCUGUGGCAGCACAGUCUUCCGUGUCCUCCGCCUAUCAAGUUAUGGAAAGGCAGUUAUGAUUCGCGAAAAUGGAUUAAUAACGUUGAAUCGUUAUAUACUGUGAUGACUUAGGAUAGCUCUGUUUCGCAACACUUGCUGAAAAGCUUAUACAAACAAGUAUACGUAACAACAUGUCCACUAUUUCAUUGACGUCGCUUUUAUACAAUUGCAAAUUUGUGCAUUGCAUUGCCAAAUUGAUUAAA